AUGGCAGAUGGGCUUUCCUUGGUGGCUAGCAUAAUUGCCGUCCUCGAACUGUCUGGAAAGGUGCUCAGAUAUGCCAAAGCGGUUAAAGAUGGAGCGGGCGAACGGGCUCAACUUCUCAAAGAUCUCAUCAAUAUUCAAGGCUCUUUGAAUUCCCUUCGAUCUCAUAUCGAGCUCUCUGAGCCUACCGAUCCGUGGUUACGUGCGAUACAAGAUCUCGCGCAGCCCAGUGGACCAUUAGAGACCUACAAAGCCGCUUUAGAGCGGCUCCUCAACAAAUUGGACCCUACCAAUGACGAUGUCAGGAAGCGCAAUCUCUUCAAAAAGGCAGCCUCAUCCUUAGCGUGGCCUUUCCAAACAGGUGAAGUCACAAACAUUCUAGCCACGAUCGAGCGUCAACAAAGGCUCUUCAACCUUGCCUUAUCGUUGGACUCUAUGACACUCACCAGAGCAAUAAAGGCUGAUUUACAUGACAACAAGAUGAUUCAGCGAGUGAUGACAUCGGAUUUGAAGCAAACGCGGACCGAUAUCCAGGAAAUACUGGACAUAUCUCGGAAUCGGGCCGAGAAUGAAGUACUAGAAUGGCUUUCAAUUCUACAACCGCAGAAGAACCAUUCCGAUAUCAGCUCUCGUAGGACUUCAGGCACGGGAGAAUGGAUUAAGGAGACCAAGCAAUUCGAUGAAUGGUUCAAGAAGCUCGGUCCAAGCAAUGUUCUCUGGUGCAGUGGUAUUCCUGGCUCUGGAAAGACAUAUAUUUCCUCUAUGAUCAUUGAUUUCCUGAAAAAGGUGACCAUUGGGGAGCAAGGGGCUGUAGCUUUCAUCUAUUGCGACUAUCAUUUGUUAGAGAGAGAUCUAGAGAAGGACUUAUCGAACAUCACAGGGGCUCUGCUCAGACAGUUGCUGGCUACAGAAGCAAGACUACCCACAGCACUGAUUGACCUUUACAAGCAGACCAGCAGGUCAACUAAAGCGCUUCGGCUAGAUAAGCUCCAAGAAAUCCUAAUUUCACUCUGCAACGAGCGCCCGAGGUACAUAGUCAUUGACGCGUUGGACGAGUAUGGACACACAGGUGAUAGGCAGGCAUUCUUGAAGUUGCUCAAAAGACUAGAGGCCACACAAGCAAUGCUAUUUUACACGACUCGACCAGAUCAAAAGGAUAUUGCAAAGCACUUGAAAUUCCGCCCUCACAUACAGGUUGAGGCUUCCGAGUCAGACAUUACCGAGUUUCUGAAUCAACAGAUAAAUGAUAGAAUCGAGGAGGAAGAAGAACUUGAAGACCUCCUAACGCGGGAUUUCAGGAAUGAAAUCAUUUCAACCCUUGUCAGCAGAGCCAAUGGAAUGUUUCUGCUACCAAGUUUGCAAGUCCGGUCUGUAUUGGAUCAAAUCUCGCCCGCCAAAAUCCGCGAAACCCUCGUCGCGUUGCCAGAAGGCCUCGAAGCGCAAUUUGAAGCUACGCUACAGCGAAUCCGGAAUCAGCCAAAGGAACGUCGAGAGAUCGCAAUGAAGACCCUUUUGUGGGUUUCUCAUGCCUUUGCGACGAUUGACCUAGCUAUGUUGCAACAUGCGCUAGGCGUUGAAGCUGGCGACAAGAUCCUCGACCAUUCAAAAUUGACCCCAAUGAGCCUACUAAGACACAGUAUUGCAGACUUUUGCCACGGUUUGAUUGUCAUUCAGAAAGAAACAUCUCAAGUUAGGCUUGUACACUACACCCUUCAAGAAUUUUUUGAAAGCCAGGAUCUGCAGUCGUACUAUCCCGCUGAGAAAAUGCUAUCUGAAGUAUGCCUGACGUACGUCCUAUUGAAAGAUUUUGCUUCGCCGCCUCCUUCCGACGACGAGUCGUACAACAACAUGUCUGCAUUAUAUCCUCUGUAUUGGUACGCGAAUCAGAAGUGGGGUGUCCAUGUUCACCGUCUAUAUCAUCAACAGAAGCCCCUAGAAAUAGAACAACUAAUGUUCAGGUUUGUCUUCAGCCCGCUGCUUCUCGCACGAGCGGCUCAGAGCUUGUCUGCGAUGUUAUACAAUAAUCAGCCUUUACAUAGUGGAGCUAGCCAGGACUAUGCAAGAAUAAUUACACCGGUCCAUUAUGCGGCUUAUUUUGGUUUGCCUUCCCUCUUGCAAGAAGCUUUGACACGUGAAUUUGACGUCAAUAUAUCUAUUGUAGAAGGGCGUCUCAUAGGAUGGACCGCAUUACACUUUAUCGCUGAGAACUUGAUAGGAGAUUCUUAUGGACCAUGGUUCACGAAUCUUCUUAUUGAGCAAGGUGCAAAGGCGAAUGCUCAAUCAAGCACAGGUGAAACGCCACUGCACAUUGCUGUUCGAAGCAAUCGUCUCGAGACCUCGAAAGCACUUAUGGUUCAUGGAGCUGAUCCUGAAGCUCAAGACUCUAACGGGCUCAGGCCUUUGCAUUUCGCUGCUCGAUCAGGCGCCAAUGCUAUAGUAGUCUAUCUACUGGAAUCUGGCUGUGAGGUAUCACCACAGAUGUCGGACAUGCGAUCAACUCCAUUGCACAUGGCCAUCGGUCAAGCCCAAAUUCAAACUGCAAAAACACUUCUGGGGUACACUACUGACUUGGAAAAGCAGAACAAAUUUCUUCAGACACCCCUGCACAUUGCUGCCUCAGGCGGACAAGUUGAGACUAUAACAUGGCUCCUGGACAAAGGAGCCUCCAUAGAUGCGAAAAACAAUUUCUUUGGCACUCCACUGACGGCAGCUGCUGCUGCAAAGGAGAAUGGGGCAGAGUGCAUCCGUCUUCUUAUCGAGCGAGGGGCAGCGGUGAAUUUGAGGACCAAAGCAAACGACUCGGCCUUGAUUUUCGCCGCCAUUUCUGGUCACCCUGAUGUUGUAACAGCAUUACUUGAUAGGGGCGCCGAUCUCUUAGGCCAUUAUGAAGGAGGAGAUACCGCACUUCAUGCAGCAGCGUCCAGGGGAUUUGAGGAAAUUUGCCAGGUGUUGCUUGAAAGAGGCGCAGAAAUUGACGCGAAGAAUGAAUGGGGCAACACAGCCCUGCUUCUAACCUCUAAACAUGAAGGCACAGCGCAAAUGCUUUUGGAACACGGAGCGAAUAUUGAGACGAAAAAUACAGACGGCAAUACCGUGCUGCACAUGUGUAUAAUCUAUGGGCCUGAAGGUCUAGACGACGACAGUGUGAUUAGAGCAAUGCUUGAAAAGGGUGCGGACAUUCUUUUGUCUACGUUCAAUGAGGAAGGGCAGACCGCGGUGCAUCUUGCGUCAAUGGAAGGGAAAACGAAAAUUCUGAGGACACUCGUACUAAGGGGAGCGUCAGCAUCUAUGAAGACUUCUUACGGCACAACAGCGUUGCACUAUGCCGCUCGGAACAGUCUUGCAAGCACCCAAUUCUUGAUUGACAGUGGAUGUCCCGUCGAUGAUCAAGACUCCUUUGGUCAUACAGCCUUGCACGUCGCCACAGUAGCCGGGAAUAUUGAAUGCGCACAUUACCUUCUUGACAACGGCAGUUCAAUCAACAUGAAAGACAAUGAAGAGGCUACAGCGCUCCACCUUGCGGCGAAAGAUGGUCUCGAAGAGAUGGCACGCCUUUUUAUCCAACAUGGAGCAAGUCUAGAAGAUAGGAUGAGUGAAACGACGGCACUUCAUAUCUGCACUGUGAACGACCACGGUGACGUCGUACGAUUACUCAUAGAUGCCGGUGCCAACAUUGAGGCUACUGACUCGCAGAAUUGCACUGCACUGCACAUGGCGUGCGAAAAGGGAAACGACGAAAUUGUACGCCUGCUCUUGGAUAAAGGCGCCAAUAUAAACGCAUAUGCGCUCAUGGAAAAUGACACCUUUACGGGGGCAGAUCCCGAAGUCAAAACAGGCUGGGGCUCCACAGCCCUACAGUUCGCCUGCGAGUCAGAUGAUGAGGCGAGUGUAGCAAUAGUCAAAUCUCUCGUGAAUCAUGGAGCUGACUUGAACGCACGAGACCUCAGACAAAGCACCGCUUUGUUCGUGGCGGCUUUAAAUGAUUCUGCAGCGAUUACGAAGAUCCUGAUAGACAGUGGGGCUGCGCUGGAGGCUAUGAAUAAUGAGGGUUGGCGUGCUAUACACUGGGCCCUCCGCAAGAUAGAAAAUCUAAAUGCACUUAUCGAUGCCGGCGCUGAUAUUGAUGCAGUAAUUGCAGGGGGUGGUACUUGCUUGCAUGGUGCGUGCAAUCUUGGCCUUGACGGCACAUGCGAUCUACUUCUGGACAAAGGCGCAUCUCUUGACGUUAUAGAUAAUAUCGGCCGAACCCCAUUGGCUCCCGCAAUUAUCAACGAGCACGUCCAUAUCGUAAGCCGUCUUUUAGAUCGAGGAGCAGGUCUGAGUAUACCAGAUAAGAAUGGACACUCAGCUUUGCACCAUGCAGUCUUCUCCGCAACCCAAUCGGACGACGCAAUACGGGAAACUUUGGACACCUCAAAUAGUGAAACGAAUCUUGAGAACACUGACGUCAAAGCUGCACAAGGUACGACCAGUAUAAUUGAUCCGAAAGAAACCAUGACCAAUGACUCUACCAAAGACCAAGAAGGAAAGGCCCUUAGGACAGCGAUAGAAAGUGCACGAACCAGACGAGUAGAAAUUUUCCAGCUUGUCCUCGCACGAUCAUCGAAUAUCAAUAUUCAAGACAACAGCCGAUCGACACCACUUCACAUCGCUGCCUAUGCCGGAGCCCCUCAUAUCAUAAUCAGCCUCUUGAAAGCAGGUGCAGACCCCACAAUCACUCAGAAUAUGGAUUUUACAUCUCUACACAUGGCGAUCUGCGGCAAAAGCUUCCCUUGCGUAAAAGCCAUUCUAAAUUACACAGACUAUGAUCUCAAUGCCCAAAACACUUCAGAGUCUUUUCUCGCCCGGGCAAUAACACUUGAUGACAAAGCAAUCUUCCACUAUCUCAUCGCUCAAGGUGCUAAGAUGGAAACAAAAGAUUCUUUCGGCCGCACCGCACUCUUCACAACAGUCUCUAGCACAGAUAUCGACCGACAGUACGCACAAGUCUCAUUUCUUCUCGGUAACGGCGCUUCCGUUCAAACAGAAGACAUCAACGACAUCCCACUCAUUCUACAGGCAGCCAAGCGCACAACCCGAGCUACCCUCCAACUACUCUUUUCACAUGGCGCCUCCGCGACCGCAAUUGGUCCACAAAACUCUACAAUUGUGCAUUGGGCGGUGGAGUCUGAAGGGCUUGAGAACUUAGCCACUGUGGUCGAACAUGGCGGGGACAUCAACGCUAAGAACAUACAUGAGAUGACGCCACUACUCUUCGCUUGCUUUCAUGGGCACACCGAUCUUGUAGAGCUGUUGAUCCAGCGGGGAGCAGAUCUCGAGACGUCGGAUGAUGAAGGAUUUACGCCGUUGAUGAUCGCAAGUGAGCAAGGACACGAGCAUAUCGUCACGUUAUUGCUUGCGCGGGGCGUGGAUGUGGGUAAGAAGGAGAAGAAGGGAAGGACUGCUAUCACUGCUGCGAAAUUGAACGGGCGAGAGAACGUCUUAAGAAUGUUACUUGAACAUGGAGGCGGUAUGGGGGAGGCAACGGCGAUACCUAAUCGGAGCAAAGGUCAAUGA